CUUUAACCUCACAAUACAUUCUAUCUUCAUUUGGGCAUGUGUGAGAGUGUGAGAGAGAAAAUGGAAGCAAGAGAAACACAGACAAUGGUACAAGGCCAAGCCGAAAUUUGCCAACAAAUGUUCGGGUUUGUGGAUUCUAUGGCAUUGAAAUGUGCCGUGCAGCUCCGGAUUGCUGACAUUAUACACUCUCAUGGCGGCCCUAUCACUUUGCGCCAAAUAGCCUCUGAGAUUGAUUCAUCAUCUCCUGAUAUCCCCUACUUCGCACGUAUCAUGAGAUUAUUAGUCCGCAAAAAUAUCUUCACCGAACAUCAUCAUCCAGUGGACGGUGGUGGGGAGACACUCUACGGGUUGACAGAAAAGUCAAAAUGGCUUCUGCAUGAUGCUGAGCUGAGCCUAGCGCCAAUGGUGUUGAUGGAGAACCAUCCGUGGCUAUUGGCACCGUGGCAUUGCCUUGGCCAAUGUGUCAAAGAAGGGGGCAUUGCGUUCAACAAGGCCCAUGGCUGUGAGAUUUGGGACUUUGCAUCUAAAAAUCCUGAGUUCAACAACAUCUUCAAUGAUGCCAUGGCGUGUACGGCCAAGAUUGUGAUGAGGGGAAUCCUGGAGGAAUACAAAGAUGGGUUUCGUUGCUUGGGAUCAUUGGUGGAUGUUGGAGGUGGGACGGGAGGGAUGAUUGCUGAGAUUGUUAAAGCACAUCCUCAAAUCAAAGGUAUUAACUUUGAUCUGCCGCAUGUUGUCGCCACAGCACCCCUGCAUGAGGGGGUCUCCCAUGUUGGAGGUGAUAUGUUUGACACCAUCCCUAAUGCGGAUGCAAUUUUCAUGAAGUGGGUACUACACGAUUGGAGUGACGAAAAUUGCAUAAAUAUUUUGAAAAAUUGCAGAAAAGCAAUACAGCAGAAGAAUGGAAAGGUUAUUAUUGUUGAUAUCGUUCUUGAGAAAGAUGGUAAUGAUUUAUUUGAUGAGACUCGCAUGGCGUCCGAUUUGUUGAUGCUGGCACACAGCACUGGCGGAAAGGAGAGGACAGAGCUUGAAUGGAAGAAAUUAUUGGAGGAAGCAGGCUUUGGUCGCUACAAAAUCAUCAAAGUUCCAACCAUUCCAUCUAUUAUUGAGGCCUAUCCCGACUGAGAGUGAAAUACAAUUGCUGUUGCUAAGAUGCCAUCAGGACAACACAUGGGUUGCUUGAUGCCUGGUUUUAUAGUAAACAAAUAAAAUCAAUAAAAAAAAAAAAAAAUGAGAGAACCGUAUCAAUUAUGUAAAAAUAAUUUGCUUUAUGCUUAUAUAUUUUAUUUAAAAGGACAAAUGCCA